UUCCAAAUUGCCGGUUCUACCAUCACACCUUCAGCACUGAAGCCCAGUGAUAAAAAAAGAGUCGACGUUACAAGACCGUCACAAGAGCAUACGGUGUUCUUAGCGUAGCCGUCGCGAGUCAUUUUCAUGGUGUACGAACACACGAACAAAGAGAAACAGUGAAUUUAUAAAUAAAACAAUGAGGAGAGUGUCCGUUUUCCUCGCAUUGUUAUUAUGCAAUGUUUACUUCACGCGCCUUGUUAACGGUGCCCGUAUACUCGCAAUAUUUCCUCUAGAGAUUCCGCACCAAUUUUUCUUCUUUCAAGAGAUCUUGUGGACUCUUGUAGAGCAGGGACACAAACUCGAUGUAAUCAGUCAUUAUCCCUUGAUAAGGCCUCAUCCGAAUUACGAGAACAUCAUUCAUCUGACAGGAAAGGGUCCCAGGUUUACCUUCAACUUAACAGCUGAUACUCUUGAUAGCUUGGCCAAUAAGCCGGUCGAAUAUUACGCUGAACAGUACGGAAAUAAGGCUUGCGAAUUACUCGCUCUUCCUGAGUUCAAGAAGCUCAUAGAAGAACCGCAAACCAAUCCACCAUACGACCUCGUCAUUACGGAGUUACUAUACGCGAACUGCUACUUCGCGUUCGGAAGACACUUCAAGGUCCCCGUGGUGGCAGUUUCUAUGUCGGCGUUGCCACCUUACAUAAGUGAGCCCUUGGGGAAUCCGGUGAACACGGCAUUUGUGUCCGAGCACAUCGACGGUUCGAUUCUUCACAUGAACUUCUGGCAAAGAUUCAAAAACACGCUGCACACAUGGUGGACGAACUAUAGAAUCAGGCGGGUAACGGAGGCUCAGAACAGCAUUGUGAAGACACACUUCGGGCCGGAUAUGCCGGACAUCAGAGAGCUGGAGAGAGACUUGUCCCUGCUUUUGGUAAACUCGCACCACUCCCUCAACGGAGUUAGGCCUUUUACUCCAGCCAUCGUAGAAAUCGGUGGAUUGCACGUGCGGGACGAUGGAACAGAAUUACCAGAGGAAUUGAAAGCGUGGCUAGACAGCAGCGCGGACGGCUUUAUCUUCGUUUCGUUUGGCUCCUUGCUGGCUAUUGAGAAUUUCCCAAAGGAUAUCAUCGCCGAAUUGUACUCAGCAUUGGCCAAGAUCGCUCCGAUUCGAGUGCUGCUCAAAGGAGCAGCUCCGGAAGCAUUGCCACCGGGAAUUCCCACGAACGUACUUGCGUUGGAGGUAGUUUCACAGAGGCAGGUUUUAAAGCACGGCAACAUACGGGCGUUCGUGAUGCAGGGUGGAUCACUGGAGAUUCACGAAGCGGUGAUGUUCGCGGUACCGUUUAUCGGUCUUCCGAUAUUCCCAGAGCCCCAACGAAACGUAAAAAAUUGCGUUGAAAAGGGGGUCGCGAUAUCGAUGGACUUUGGGGAUUUCACGGCGGAUAAAUUCACCGCAGCCGUUAGUGAAAUCGUCAGCGACGCAAAAUACAAAAAUAACAUCAUCACGCUGGGGGGAAAGUUUCUGGACCGACCGAGAAGCCCGCUAGAAACGGCGAUCUUCUGGAUCGAGUACAUCCUCAGAAACGGCGGCGAUUCACUGCGUUCACCAGCGGUAAAGUUUAGCUGGUGGCAGCUGGCUUUGUUGGAUAUUUAUGCGGGUAUAACGGUGGCUGUUAUAGUUGUGAUUUACAUCUGCAAGCGACUGACGUUGACCGUCAUUCGUCGACUAUUUCGACCGCACCCUACACUGCCAACUUCGAAAAAAAUGGUGUAAUACGACGCUCAAAAGAGUUACAAGCUCUCCGUUGAUUACUAUUCAUAAUCGCGAGAUACAACGCCGCAUGCCAGGUGCGGAAAUUUUAUUGAGAAAGGGAAACGCAGCGAUUAUAAAACGCGGAAAAUUGUUACGGGACAUCUGUUGUCGUCAGAAGUUUGACGAAAAUUUCACCAAGCGUAACUUCCCUCUAGGAUUUGAAAUCGAAUUGAAAUAUUUUCUUCUCGUCUACAACGGGUGAGGCAGAGUAACUCUGUAAAAAUUUUACACCGGUAAUCUUGACGCUGUGUCAACCGAAAAAGACAAUCAAUAAAGCAAAUGUUUUCCCAUUCACGUUAA